AAUUAAAUAAUUAAUAAUGGCAUCCAUAACAUCUGAAUUGCGAGCACCGACAGCCGGAAUUGUACCGCACCUGAGGCCAUGGGAAGUGAUUGCUUGGUCCCAAGAGCAGCUCGGAGGCAUCUACUCAGACUGGGGACUGUACUUUACUCGCCAUCAGCGCUUCGCCCAAGGAAUUCAUUAUUUGAAUAAAGCCUUGGACAUCAAUGCCAACGACACGAAUACUCUAAUGAGACGCAGUAAAGUCAAACGGUUGAGGGGCUUGGCCCCCGAAGCCCUCAAGGACUGUACCCAGGCAGAAGCCAUCCUGGGAUGGUCGAUGGGUGACAUUGCCAAUCCACAUGUUAGAAUUGAGAUCUCUGAUGCACUCUACGAGUCGAAUCGCUUCGAGGAUGCCAAGAUGAAUCUUCACAAUUCUCUGGGGCUGUUCAGUGGCGCCCAGGCCAAGCCCAGUAUCAACCGACUGGAAGUGGUCGAUGAGAACUUUAAGGAGAUGUUGAGUGACGAGACCUCACCGGCAGUGCAGCGCCUGAUCCGUCGCAUGAUUACCGAUCAGGCCAGGCAGCCAAAGCCAGUCGCGGAUGAUUGCGAUGUUGUUAGCAUUUUGGAAGUUCCGGAAGUAUUUGUCUCUCCACUGGAACAAGCCAGACGGAAGCGAUGUUUCAAUAUCUACAAUCAGACGUAUCUGGAUAAAUGCUGGCUGGAUAUGGCCUACCUCAAGGAUCUGCGUGGCAACCCCAAUGUGCUGCCGAAACACUCAAAACAAUCUUCGCCCUAUUUGAAGAAUCUGAUGGAUACAAAUUACACAUCAGCGCGCACUUUAACGAAAAUGCUGCAAGCACGUUGCCCCAUGUACGCCAAGUAUUACCAACGAUAUCCGAACGAGGAACUGCAUCAUAAACAACAGGAGGAAAAUCUAUACAGAAUUCAGUAUCAGACGAGGAGAAAUAUGUUCAAGAUUUUGCGAAGCAUUCGGCAUUUGAUACAAGUCGGUUCAUUAGAUAAACUGUCAACAUUUGUUGAGGAGGUUAUGGGCGAUUAUGUUACCGUUAAGACGCAUCGCACAAUGCCAUGGAAAUUUGAAUUCAUUAAUGAGGUCUACAACUACUUGGGUUUGGCCCGCAUUAAUGAAUACAAAAUUCCCAGCGAUAUGACCGUCUUAAAGGGCAAACAACGUCUAUUGACACUCUUCGGACUGCCCCAUGAAAUGAAUAUAAAUGCGCUUAAAGAGAAUCCGAAGCAGAAAAAAACGAUGAACGUACCAAGAACCGAUUUGAGGGAUCCCAAGACUGAGUUGUUCAAGAAGCUAUCUGCUCGCUAUGAGAGCCGCAUGAGAUUCGCCAAGUAUCCCAUAGAGCGUGCCUAUCUGCUGCAUGAGCUGGCCCUAGCCCAUAUGAACAAUAAUUCAUUUAAUAUGGCUGUUUCACUGGCUCGCAAGGCAAUGGAGGAGGCCACCAGAUGCAACAGCAUUGUGUGGUGCUUCCUGAGUCUGAUAGUCAUCUGCAAGGCGCACGCAAUUAUGGAGAAAGUCGAGAACCAGAAGGAUGUACUCGCCGAAGCCUUUGAGUUGGCCAAACGCCUCAAGAACCUGGAUCUGUGCCUGUUCAUCGAUAUAUGCAUGAAGGUCAAUGCAGAGGAAUUACUGAUAAAGAGGAUGACAAUAAGAAGAACGGGCAUGAAGUCGGGUCGGGAUUCUUCUGAUGAGGGUAUCGACUAAGCUGCAUAUCUAAAGAAGACGCUAAAUGUCCUCCCGGUUUUGAGACACGCUUCGGGCCAAUGCCCCUUGAUGGAUACCACGAAAAGUCACAGCUAAAUUACAUAGAAGAAACUGUAGAAUCUGUAAAUGUGACAGGGAAAUAUA